AUGGCAUAUCCAAACCUCUCCAAUCCGGAUUCACUGGAAACCCUAACAGCCACAUUAAAUCAAACGCUUAUCGAGACUGGCCGGUUUUUCCGAUCACAAGGGUCCUUGCAGUCUCGAGCCCAAUUGAAGCGAACUCUUCCUGCAGCGCAUGAUAAGUUCCAAUUUGCGCUGGACAAUCUCUCCGAGCAGAUUUUCGUUGCGAAAGCAUUCCUAGAAAGGGACUAUGAAGUUAUUCGGGCGAGGAAAGCAGCUCUUCGCAAACGUCCUGAUGCGGAUGUUGUCAUGGGAGAGUCGGCCGCCCUUGACGGGCCUCAAGCUAUGCUCGGCCCAGAGCAAACGGUGGCUGGCUCCGGUGCCGGAGAACCAAUAGAUACCGCAAUCAAGGUCGAGCAGCAAACGGACAUGAAUAGUGACCAACAGGAUACGUCCGAUAUCUCUGUCAAGCUAGAGGAACCACAAGGGGAGAGCGCUGGUCCCACUGUUCCUAGCCAGGAGGCUACAGGGACAGAGGAAAUCAACUUUGAUUCCCUGCUGAACAACCAAGGGCAAAACGAGUUCGACCUUACACUUGACUUUGGAGACGAUAAUAACGCCGGAAACGAGAACUUUUUCAAUGCAAACUUUGGCGAUCCAAAUGUCAACAAUGGCCUCGAGGUUGGAAGUACGGAGCCGGGUCACGAAAAUGCUUUGCCCGCAGGAGGGGACGCCUUUGACCUUGAGCUUCAAAAGUUCUCGGGAGAUCCAAAUGAACAAUUUGGGACGAACACAGAAGAUAUUAUGGGACCAGGGGAGUCGAGUUUCGAUGAUCUGUUUAUGGAAAGUGAGAAUAUGGGAGGGAACGAAAACGGCGACCAGGAUUUGCUGGGAGGUGAUGAAUUGAUGCAGAUCCAUGAGCUGGAUGAUAGCUGGUUUACAUGA